UGAGUUCAAUGCAUAUGCGUGUGCAUAGUUCACUGUAGGCUAUGUCCAUUCAGCGCGAAAAGCAAAAUUCGAUGCGGUACUUCAUGUUGUAAUGAGAUUCGCUGCCUUGGCCUUGUCUCUGCACUGCUCUCGAUAUCUACGUCUACUACCUCCUGUUUACAAUUGUGUCAAAAUGUCGUCUAUCUCAAGACCAGCUAAACUGUCUUUUCUUGACUUCGAUGCAGUCGGUGUGGAUUUGGACCACACACUCUGUAAAUACAAGCUGGAUAACACCUUUUCGCUGAUUUAUAAUAGUUUAGCUGAGGUAGUCGUUAGCAGAAAGGGGUACAGUAAAGAACUUCUGGAGCCUUUCCAUAAAGACAGAGAUUUUUGCACAAAGGGGCUAGUCUUCGAUGCCAAGAAGGGGAACUUCCUGAAACUGUCCAGAGAGGGCGACAUUCUCAGGGCGAGCCAUGGGACCACACCCCUCAGCCAGGAUGAGGUGUGUCGGAUCUACGGUAGUCAAGCACGAUGGGAACACUUUGAUUUCUUGAAAGAUACGCUCAAACAAACAGGUGGGACUUAGGCUAGGAUGUACGAUACUUUAUUCAACAUGUUAAUAACUCUCUCCUUCCCCUUUGUUUGAUACAGGAUCUACUUGGUUCCUGGAGGCAAUGUGUUAAGUGCUUAAAUUUGCCAAGUGGUGUUGCCCUUAAAAAGAUUAGAUCUUUCCUCAUUUUAAAACUCUUAAAAAUCUGUUAAUAUUUUUUAUUUCUGGUUCAUACUCUUUUGAAUACUUUUUUUCAAAGUUAAAGAAGGCUGUUUAUAUUGCUACUUGUCAUGUAUUUCUUGCAUGAUUGAGAUAAGGAUAACACUUUUUGCGAAUAUUUUGUGAAUAUUUUGUUUUAUUUCUUAAGGGGCUUGUGAUUUUGUGCAAUCACAUGAUCUGUAUAGACUUUGAAAUCCUGCAGAGCAACUUGCUGGUCUACUUUGACCUUGUUUGCUGCCAUCUCUUGGCCUGUAUCCUGACUUUUACACAGCUGAAGGCAAAGGCCUAACAAAGCAAGUUCAUAUUUGCACAGAAUCAAUUCUCGAGUUCAGUCAAAGUCCAUACCCGUGUCACACAAUAGUAUACUUUUUGUUGUGCUGUUUCCUUAGAAACAGUAAGGAGGUUAAUUUACGAUAACAAAUAUCCCCUUUUAGCUCUCAGUAGAUUCAGCAGAAAUUAAUGUUGUACAAUCUAAAAAAUAAUUGUUAAAAUCUCCAUUUAAAAGGGCUAUUAGGAGUGAGCACUUAAACAAUUUCAGUUUAACACUUUUAACAUUGUAGAUCUAACCUUUAUAUUGUUGGAUCCAGCUUUUUCACAGUGUUACCCUAUUAU